AUGUCAUUAAGAGUGACCAAUCAGAACGCCUCACUCAAAGUGAUGCCCGCCUUAUUGACUCUUAUUGAACAGAAUUGUGGAAACCUGCAAACUUCGGCUGUACCCCCGUACAGCUCCUCUGUUCCGAAGUUGAAAAUGUUAAGUGGGGACUUCAGAGAGGACAAGAUUUCAACAGCAGCAGAAUCGUCAGAAUCCCGCACUUCUGAGUCCAGCGUUGUCAUCACAGGUGCUUCAAUGGGUGGUAAAGAAGGAGGUGGACGUGGAGGGGAACGGUGGAGCCUCUUCGGGGUGCGGCCAAUGGUGCAGAAAUCACCCACUGACCCAGGAUCAGAGACCAACACACCUGGGGGAUUCUCGCUGCAGUCGUACUUUGGAGUUCAGAAGUCUAAUACCAUGGAUGGUAUGAAGACCCAAGUAAACCUCAUGGUUGAAGAUCCUGCCAAUUUCAACUCUACCAAGAUCGAGAUGAGCGGCGAGGAGGGAAAGAAAACAUGUCACAGACUCCGACACCGAGAUAUGAACAUUCUGACACCAUCUGGCUUCUGAACUCCACAAGUCUUUAACUCUCUUUAGCUUCCUUGCCGUUUAUAUAAUCUAGAAACGCACAAAUUGUACGUCACUGCAGUUUGAACCGGUAUGGUUUCUUAUGAGUAACCAUAAACACACACUCACCAUGUCUCGCAUGUAACUUUACUAGAUUUACCCUUUAAAUUAGAUAAGAGACAUAGUCGUACAUUAGUGCCAAACACCCUAAAUUGAUAGUGAUUUUAUUUCCCCCCUCUCUUGUCCCACGUUUACUGCUUUUUUAAUAUGUUGAAUGUGUUUUCAUUGCUGUGCACUCUGAAAAUUGAUCUUAUUUACUGUAGUUAAAAUUUACAGAUGUAAAAGGUACUGCAGAAAUAGUCAUCAAAAUAUGCAUAACCAGUACUCUUGAAAUGUUUUUUUUUUUGAAUAGUUGACACAUUCAGGUGACACAAUCUGAUUUUUGUGGACCAUUUUAAAAAGCUUAUUGUGUAUAAUAAGCAUGUUUCAACAGUAUUUUGUUUCCAUUAAACUCACCGAUUCCAUCACAUUACAAAGCAUUUAGUCAUUUAGCAGACGCUUUUGUCCAAAGCGACUUACAAAUGAGGUAAACAAACACGGUGUUGUCAUCCACAAAUCUGUUUGACAAACAGUCAUUUUUGACUUAACACGGUGACAGUAUUCAUUAUUCGCAUAGUUGAAACAUCUUUAAGUGCCAUUUUUGUAACUUUUUAUUUCCAAAAAGUCCACGUUUCUAAAUUAUUACUUGUAUUAAUGGAUAUGAGGUGGAUUGCGUAUUUUGUGUCCCGUGUGCAAUAAGCUACAGCAUUGUUUGUUUAGCAUGCUGACAGCACCUCAUUUCUAUCACUGGGUUUCACACUUAAACACACGUGUUUUUUCAUACAGCUCGGUGUUAUUUUGUAAAUCUAGAAGGUUCUCGGUGUAUGCAGACACUGCUGAAUCAUUUUUUGCUAUUGUUUUUUGUACAUUUGUAUUGGAAUUGCAAUACCGUUUGCACUUCCUGUUUGAAUUGACCUCUUGUAGUUUGUUUUCUGUAGAGCUGGAAGUUAUCCAUUCAUUCUUGUAAGACAGAAACGUCGUUUGCAUCACAGUCCAAACACUUCAUAAGUUGUAUUGCUGUCACAUAAUUCUUGUUAAUGUUGCUCAAUUUGAGUAUUUCGUCUAUAAUAAAAUACUGCUUUAAAGCACAAUGAAAACUGA